CUGCAGACCACAAGGAUCGACUUCCACAUGCUGAGCUUGCUAGCCGCUCAUUCUGCUUCAGCUUCAGAAACUACGCUCCCCACUUCGGAUCUCAUCCAGAUCUCUAAAGAGCUAAGACCACAGUCAGGAGUCAGGAGUCCUGCUCUGCUCUUCUCUACUCCGCAUCCACAUCAGGGAGAGCAUAAAAAUGGGGAGACCAUCGCUGUGAAGCUGCUUCAUUACAUUCCAGGACUUGAUGAUGAACAAUUUAAGAAGGAGUAUCUCAACCUUGCAAGUCUCCAACACAAGAAUAUUGUGAGGUUAGUUGGCUAUUGCCAUGAAACUCGACGAGAAAUCCUACCGUUUGAUGGGAAAAUGGUGUUUGCUGAGAUGACCAAGAGAGCACUUUGUUUCGAGUAUAUGGAGAAUGGAAGUCUUGACAAGUAUCUUUCUGAUGAAUUUACUGGACAUGAUUGGUGCACACGCUAUGCAAUAAUAAAAGGGAUUUGCCAAGGAUUGAAAUACCUUCACGAGGAACUGCAAUCUCCUAUGUACCAUUUGGAUAUAAAGCCAGCCAAUGUAUUGUUGGAUGACAAUAUGGUUCCAAAACUUGCGGAUUUUGGCUUGUCAAGGCUUUUCAGCGGAGGAAAAACACAAGUGACAAGAAGUGCUUUAGGAACACAUGGUUACGUCCCGCCGGAAUACAUUGAUGCGGCUGUUAUCUCAAAUAAGUUCGACAUAUUCAGCUUAGGUGUUGUAAUCAUAAAGAUAAUGACCGGACCAACAGGCUACUUCAGAAUUGAUGAAAUGUCUUCCCAACAAUUCAUAGAGCUUGUACAUGCGAACUGGACAAAAAGGCUCUAUGAGACAUCAGUGUAUCUUUUGGAUUCAUAUUUUGAACAAGUGAGGAGAUGCAUCGAAAUAGCUUUAAGCUGUGUGGAAGCCGAUCGAUAUAAAAGGCCGAGUAUAGGCCUAAUCGUCAGUAAGCUGAACGAGACAGAGACUAUGAUACAGUCUCCUGAUAAGGACAUACGGUCAUCGAUGUAUAAGAUCUUCCAUUGCAUUUCCAUCGAGAGUGAGUUGAUGGAUAACCCACUGAACAAAUUAAGAUCGUACCCUCUGCAUGUAAAUGAUAACAGAGGUAGGUCUCAUAAGAUAACACAUUCGACCAUUUGCAAGCCAGAGGAUGAUACAGCAACAUUUGAGGUCAGUUGGCCUUUUAGGCACUUGAACUUGACUCAUUAUCAGUUACAUACGAGGAUAUUGUUUGAUAUUUCUUCCUUUGUUGCACGCAUACUUUUCUGGGAGGCAAUCCGGCCGAAAAUUAUGGUAACAUAA